AUGCCAAAUUCACCAGAUAAUAAUAUUGGAUCUACACAAAAUUCUCGUAUUAUACGCGUUCGUGAUUUAUCAAUCUAUUAUGAUCCAAAAAAUGAUGAUAUUCAUCGUUAUAUUCCACGAAUAGAUGAUGAUGAUCAAAAACAACCAGUUAAUAAUAAUAAUAAUUGGCUUUAUUCAUCUGUUAAUCAAACAAGACAAUCAUUACAACAAAUAUGGAACGAUAAUAAGGAUUUACGUUUAAGAGUUGCUCGUGGAUUGGAAACAGGUGAAGCUCAUACUAAAGCUACGAUUGAUUAUAUUCGUGAUGAUCAAACAUUAUUACCAAAAGUUGGUGUUGUUACAAUUGCUGGUCUUGGUGGUCUUCUUCUUGGUCACAAAGGUGGUCCUAUACGAAGAACAUUUUAUUCAUCCAUUGCUGUAGCUGUUGCACUUAGUGCUUGUUAUCCAAAACAAUCAGCAAAUUUAUUGGAUCAAGUUUAUAUUAGAAUUAAAAAUGAAUCAAAAAAUUUUUUUGAUAAAACACCUUCAAAUCCAAUACCAAAAACUAUCGACAAUAAAGAUCGUAUUUUACAUAUAGGAAAAACUGAAAAUAAAUCAAAUAUUAUAAUUAAAGGUGAUUAUGGACAAGGUACACCAGCUGAUCAACAUUUAUAUACAACACGUAGUAAUGUUAAUUCAGCACCGUUGGAUACAGAAAAAAAACUUUAA